AUGCUGGGGCUACUAACUUGUCUAUUAAUACUUGGUUUUGCUUCACAAUGUCUAUGUGUGAGGUGGAAUGAUGUUGCAGGAACGUACAUAUCUUACAAUGUGAUGGAUAACGGUGCUCGUGGUGAUGGCAUAUCAGAUGAUUCAAAAGCAUUUUUAAGUGCAUGGCAGAAAGUCUGUGCAACCGAAGGGAGAGCAACUCUAGUUAUACCACCAAGAAAGAUCUUCAUGGUGACAAACCUAUUCUUAGAUGGUCCUUGCAAGGCAAUAAGAAGGUCAAGUAUGAUUAGGAUUUCAUUCGUAAAUGCUCUCAUAGUUGAUGGCGGUGGAAUAAUCGAUGGCUAUGGUUCUACUUGGUGGAACCUACCCCAAUCUCCUCGACCAGUGAUGUUGAGUUUCCAUGCUUGCAAUAAUCUUUUGGUUCGUGACUUGAUGUUCACAAAUAGUCCCGGAGCUCACAUAACCGUAGAUGGUUCCAUCAAUGCAGUAUUCUCUCAUGUAAACAUUCAAGCUCCUGCUAAUAGCCCCAACACUGACGGAUUUGAUAUUGCUAAUUCGAGAAAUAUCUUGAUAGAAGAUUCCAACAUUGGAACUGGUGAUGAUUGUAUUGCCAUCAAUGGUGGUACCGCUAAAAUCAAUGCUACUCGACUUGUUUGUGGACCUGGCCAUGGGAUAAGCAUUGGCAGCCUUGGCAGGAAUAGAGGUCAUGAGACAGUUGAAGAAAUUUACGUACAGAAUUGCAGCUUCAUAGGGACUACAAAUGGAGCAAGAAUCAAGACAGUUGAAGGUGGAUCAGGUUAUGCAAGAAAGAUCUAUUUUGAGCAAAUACAACUUGUAGGCGUAUACAACCCAAUCAUUAUAGAUCAACACUAUGGUCCAAGGCAACCAAAGGAGGAUUCUGCGGUGAAAGUGAGUGAUGCAAGAUAUCUUGGGUUUACAGGGACUUCUGCCAGUGACUUAGCUAUUAACAUAGAUUGCUCCUCAUUUGGUUGUUCCAACAUUCUAUUAGAUCAAAUUAAUAUUGCCCCUUCUCAAGCAGGAAAGAAGAUUGGCACUACUUGCAAAAAUGCCCGUGGAGCAACAGUUGGAAAUGCUAUAAUUCCCAGUGUCUCUUGUUUAUAG